AAUGGGUGAUGGAAUGGUUGAGUAAGAGUGCAAUGAGGUAGAGUGGGGUUGUGUAGGAAAAUGAGAAGAAAAACUUUUGGAAUGCUUAGAUGUAGCCAUGUCUUUGGGUCACCCAUCAUCCACUGUCCUCUUUCACUCUUUUGUGUGUCUACUCACACCAGAACACACCAUUUUAGUUCCAACAUCGCUUUCUUAAACCAAUGGUGGACCCUGGAAUCUCCUCUCAUCUCUUUGAAAAUUCUGAAUUUCAUAUAAAUAUAAAUUACUUGGUAUCAGCGUCUGAAAGCUGCCCAAGGACUUUAUAUAAAGGUGGGUGUGGGGCUUUUGGGUCUUUACAGGUAGAGAAUUGGUGAGACUAAUUACUUGUUAUUAGUCAUAAUUUGUGUUUAGUGGGAUUAAGUUAUGGGUAGGCAGCCCUGCUGUGACAAACUGGGUGUGAAAAAAGGGCCAUGGACAGCUGAAGAAGACAAGAAACUCAUCAGUUUUAUUCUCACCAAUGGCCAGUGUUGCUGGCGUGCUGUUCCUAAGCUCGCUGGCCUGCGCCGCUGCGGCAAGAGCUGCCGCCUUCGAUGGACUAAUUAUCUUCGGCCUGACUUGAAGAGAGGCCUUCUUUCUGAGUCUGAAGAACAGCUGGUUAUUGACCUUCAUGCCCGUCUUGGCAAUAGGUGGUCAAAAAUUGCAGCCAAGUUGCCAGGUAGAACUGAUAAUGAGAUCAAGAAUCACUGGAACACCCACAUCAAGAAAAAGCUUCUUAAAAUGGGAAUUGAUCCUGUUACUCAUGAACCCUUGAACAAAGAAGUUAAGGCUGAAGAAAGUUCUUCCCCUGCUGAUCAAUCUGCAGAUAAUCAUAUUACAGAAAAUGAUGGCAUCCCCAACUCAUCAGAAGCUAAUUCGAGUACACCAAUUGAGAAUUGCUCUAGUACUCGUGACUCCAAUUUGUUAAACAGCAUUUGCAACGAUGAAUCUUUAUUAACAAGCUUAUGGAUGGAUGAACCUCCCCUAGUUGAUGCUUCAUGGAACAGUACUACACCUGGAGGAGAAACUUGCAAUGGCACAAGCUUGCCAUCUUGGGAGGACAACUGUGCAUGGUUGCUGGACUGUCAGGAUUUUGGAAUUCAUGACUUUGGAUUCGAAUGCCUAAACGACAUUGAAUUAAACACGAUGAACAUGUUAGAGAUGGGCGACAAAACAGUAGCAUGAUGUGCACCAUAGUUGAAGUUCUGAGUAAAAAAAAAAAUCAAAAUUACUUAAAGCUUCAAAGUAAGGUGAUGUUCUAGUUGAUUUUAUGUUCCUGUAUUUCCGAAUAUUGUUGGAAGGUCGAAGGUAAAACCUCGCUUCGUCAGAGGUUUCUCACCUACCAAUUCAAACGUGAUACCAUCUCAAGAUGUGAUAUUUCAUGGUGCCUUGCAAAUAUUGUAAUCUUUCUUCUGUACAAGACACAGGGAAACAAUUAUUAUUCAGCCAAAAGAAAAAAGGAAAAAAAAAAAAAGAAAAUAGGGACACAAUGGGCAUGAUAAAAGUGCUAGUGGGUUUUGUGAAUGUGAAAUCUCUUGUAUAUAUUUAAUAUUUCU